AUGAAGAAAUGUCUUCUACUAGUGAGUCUGUAUCUGCUUGGAUCUGCCAGAGGAGCAUCAGGUCAAUCUGAUGAGCUUCCUGGCUCUAUGGAUCAUCAAGCUUCAGUUCAGCAACCUUCAGGCUACUUUUCACUUGCAAACCCUUCAGAUGGUGAGGCUUUAUAUGAGACUUCUUCAGGUGAGAACACUUUGAGUGAGCAUGGUUCAAGUGAGCACACUGAGGUUGAACACGCUUCAGGUGAGCACGAUGCAGCCGAACAUGCUUCAGGUGAGCACACUGCAGUCAAACAUGCUUCAAGUGAGCACGCUGCAGUCAAACAUGCUUCAAGUGAGCAUGCUGCAGGUGGGCAUGCUGCAGGUGAACACGCUUCCAGUGAACAACCUUCUGGUGAACAGCCUUCAGGUGAAAAGACUUCUGGUGAACAACCUGCAGGUGGACAGCCUUCAGGCAUCCCGCCUUCAAGCACAAUUUCAGUAUUAAAUUGCCACACAUGCUCUUAUAUGAAUGACCAAGGGAAAUGUCUUCGAGGAGAGGGAGUCUGCUCCACUCAGAAUUCCCAGCAGUGCAUGUUAAAGAAGAUCUUUAAAGGUGGAAAACUUCAAUUCAUCGUCCAGGGCUGUGAAAACAUGUGCCCAUCCAUGAACCCCUUAUCCCAUGGAACCAGGAUGCAAAUUAUAUACUGUCGGAAUCAAUCUUUCUGCAACAAGGUCUAG